AUGAACGAUGCCAGACAGGCUUUUAGGAAGAUAAUCCCAUGCAAUGUCUACUCUACAAAUACAAAACUGUCAGCAUAUGCCCAAGCGGGGUAUCUGGAUGACGCGUGGCAUGUGUUUCUUGAAUCGCCAAAGAGGGAUGCACUGACAUGGACGUGCAUUUUGCAAGCUUUUGCGCAAAGAGGCGUUGUAGAAAAGGUGGCGGUGUUGAUCGAGCGAGUGCCAUGCCACAGCACACUCUGCAUGAACACUUCCAUUUCAGCGUUUGCGAAGACUGGGCAUUUUGAUCAAGCGAAAAGCUUGUUUUCGAAGAUGCCAGAACGUGACACCGUCACCAUCAAUGUGAUGAUCCAAGCUUUCGCUAGCGAAGGAAGCUUUGCUUCUGCAAAACACUUGUUUGAUCACGGUGCUACUGCUGCCAGGGACAUGAUCACUUGGAAUACGAUUGUUUCUAUGUACUCCCGCAAUGGGUUUCACAAAGAGGCGUCGGAUAUUUUCAUGAAGAUGCCAAGAUGUAAUCUCAUCACUUGUAAUUCCAUCCUUAAGUCUUUGAGUAUAGAUGAUGCAAGAGACUUGUUCAGAAAAUUCGAAGAGCGAGACGUGAUCACUUGGAACACAAUGCUUGAAGUCUAUGCCCAAAACAAGGAGGAAAAUACAGCAAGAACACUGUUUUCGAAGAUGCCAUUCUGGGACCUUAUCUCUUUUACGGUUUUUAUCACAGUUUUUGCAUCAAAUGGCCGUGUUGAGGAAGCAAAACGAUUAUUUGACCAAGUUCCAGCCGCCAGUGUGGUAACAUGGAAUGUGAUGGUCUCGGCAUAUGCUCAAAACGGUCACCUUGGAGAUUCUCUACAAGUUCUCUCAAGGAUGCCAAUGAAAAGUCUCGUCACCUUUAGUGUGAUGAUAGGCAUCUAUGCGCAGUGUGGAGACGUGUUUAAAGCCAAGGAAGCCUUCGAGUCGAUUUCCACUGGACGGGAGCACUCGUCUUGGACAGCAUUGAUCCAAGCUUUCGUGGACCACAACUAUAAUCUCAAGGAAGCAAACUACAUCCAUACUUUGAUGCCUUAUCACAGUGUUGUAUCGGUCACUCUUGGAAUAGCCAUCCAUGGCCGGAGCUCCAAUCUAGAAUCUGCGAAAAAAUGUUUUGAUUAUUCUCCAGAGAGGAACCUGGUAGCUUGGAACUGUCUCAUGGCAGUCCUGGUACAAAAUGAAGAUUAUAAAAGAACGAAGGCUGUGUUCGAUCGAAUGCCCUCUUGGGAUACAAUUAGCUGGUCAACCGUGCUCGUUUACAGCUCUCACGAUUUGGAUGGAUCGGAGUCUCUGUUUGAGAGCAUCCCAGAGAAGACACUGAGCUCCUGGAACGCAAUCUUAUCCGUGCAUGCUGAGCAUGGAGAUCUAUCCAAAGUCAUAGAGGUUUUCCAGAGAAUGAAGGCCAGAGACGUCAUCUCGUGGACGUGUUUGAUCACAGCUCAUUCCCACGCCGGAGAUGGUGUCAAAUCGCUCAAAGUUUUCCAAGAAAUGGUAGUGGAAGGAGUGAGGCCAAACCGGAUAAGUUUCAUGAGCUUGUUGGUCGCUUGCAGCCAUUUGGGAUGGAUAGAUCAAGCUCUUGAGUGUUUGUGGAGCAUGCAACUUGACUAUGGGAUAGAUCCAGCCAGGGAGCACUAUAGUUGUGUUGUGGAUAUGUUGGCGAGAACUGGCCAGCUGACAGAGGCUCAACAGGUUAUAAGCUUUUUGCCAGGAUGUCCGGUUGCUUGGGGAGCGCUGCUUGGAGCUUGCAAGCUUCAGUGUGAUGUUGGUGUUGGAGAGGAUGCUGCAAAGCAUGUUUUUGAGCUGGACCCCUCCAACACUGCUCCUCACGUUUUAUUGCAAAGCUUACACAAAUGUGUUUUUGUGAGGUAG